AUGACUGAAAAUGUCACAUCCAAUCUAACAAAUACGACAACAACUGAAGAUGAUCAUAAAUCUUUAGUUCAUGUUGAUUUGCUGGCGCUAUUUUAUAUCGUUGGCAUAAGUGCCUGUUUUCUAGCCUUGUUGCAUCUACAUACAAGAAAGAGUUUUAGGAACACAAAACAGGCUUUUAUGUUAAAAUGCUUGAUGACACUGGAAUUUGUUGGAUUGGUUGGUAUGCUGACAAUAAUGAUAAUAAAGGAAUGCUGGCCGGAAAUAUACAAGAGUAACAUUUGGAUAAUUUGUUUCUCAAGAAUUUUGUGGAGAUUCUUUGGCUUGAGCUCUGGUUGUGUGGCAUUUUUACUGGCAGUUGAGAGAUAUUUCGCAUUGACUAAACCAUUUUUCUACUGCAGACACUUCACCAAUGGACUUAUGAAACGAUUAAUUUUUAUGUUUUGGACAUUAGCUGCCAUCCUUUCUUUUGGACCAGUUUAUGGGUUCGGGAUUUUCUUUAACGAAGCACAAGAAAAGUGUGAACGGUAUCGUGAUGCUACUAAAACAUGGGAUGUUGCUUAUGCUUUCUUAUUUUUCUUUAAUGUUAGUCGAAUGGUUUAUCGGUCAUAUCGCAACAUGAAGCAAUUAACACUCAGCUCAUCGGAAAAUUUUAAUCGAAUUCAAUCAAUUAAGCUUCAUCAUCAGAUAAGUGAAGUAAGCACAAGCAGUACAACAUCCAAGUCAGUUUCCAUAACACGAGAUGAAAUUGCAUUUAUCAAUAUGGUAAAUUUGCUGACUGGCAGUUUUGUCAUCUGCUGGGGAACCGGUAUGAUAACGAUCCCAAUAGCGCAAUUUUACAGAAAUGAAAAUCAUUCAAAGGCGAUGGAAAUGUUCUAUCAUUUUGCCGACAUGCUGCUACUGCUACAUUUCGCAUUAGAUCCAUUUAUUUAUGUGCUGUGUCGAACUGAUUACUACAAAAGGUUCAAAUAUGUUAUGAGUCAGAUAUUCUGUUCAGACGAUGAUGAGUUUGCUGAAUUACCAGAAAUAGACCGAGACCGAGCUAUUUGCUAUUGA